UCUCUGCAGGGAGACGUGGUCCACUGGUUGGCCUGUUCACUGUACGCAGCCUGCAGGAAGGGAUCUACUCCCACGGUGGGUAAAGGGCUGAUGGAGGGAAACUGUGUCUCUCUCACCAGGAUCCUUCGCUCCUCCAAACUCAGUCUGAUCCAGUUCUUCUCAAAGAUGAGGAAAUGGGCCGACAUGUCCAACCUCACACAGAACUUCCGGCUGCGCAUGGAGCAGCUGGAGCGCAACUUUGAGGUUUCCACGGUGAUCUUCCGCAAAUUUGAGCCCAUCUUCAUGGACAUGUUUCAGAACCCACAGGGAGCCGAGCCGCCGCGGCAGCCACGCAGCAGGAAACACAGGCGGCUGCCGUGUCACAUCAGUGAUGUGUUCAAGUUCUGCUGGACGUUGUUUGUCUACACGAAAGGUAACUUCCGUAUGAUCGGCGAUGACCUGGUGAACUCGUACCACCUGCUGCUCUGCUGUCUGGACCUGGUGUUUGGAAACGCUCUGCUCUGUGCCAACAGGAAGGAUCUGAUCAACCCAACGUUCAGAGGUCUUCCUGCUCUCUACCGCGCUGAUGGUCACAUUUCAGCGGACGAGCCUCCUCCGUGUGUGUUGGAGAGGUUGUGUGAGCUGCACGACGGACUGGUGGUGGAGGCAAAAGGCAUCAAACAGCACUACUUCAAACCCUACGUACAGAAGCUGUUGCAGAAACGGAUCCUACGAGGGAACGCAGAGCUUUUAACAGAACUGUUGGAUCCUCAGAACUUCAUUGAUAACAAUAAAGCCAUAAAUAAAGAGUAUGAGGAGUACGUGUUGACGGUGGGAGAUUUUGAUGAACGAGUGUUUCUUGGAGCCGAUGCCGACGAGGAAAUUGGAACCCCGAGGAAGAUCGUUCAGGAACCGUCCGCCAGCCAAACGACCAAUCAGAAGCAGCUGCAGCAGCAUGUAGAGAAGUCCGGCUCCCUCGCCCCCUCCACUCCUCUGACUGGACGCGUCUACCUGAAGGAGAAGGACCUGCUCGUCACGCCCGUCUCCUCGGCAACGCAGAGCGUCAGCCGGCUGCAGAGCAUGGUGGCCGGGCUGAGGUCGGCCCCCAGCGACCACCUGAUGCAAAUCUUCAAGUCGUGCUCCAGAGAUCCCACAGACCUCAUAUUGUCCAGGGUGAAGACGCUGGGACAAACUUUCAAAGCACAUUACACCAAAGACUCUGAGGACACACCUGGAUCUCAUAUAGACUUUGCUGAGAACCGUCUGAAGCUGGCUGAGAUCCUCUACUACAAGAUUUUGGAGAACGUCAUGGUUCCGGAGACCAAACGGCUGCAAGGCAAAGACAUGAGUGUGUUGUUGGAGCAGGAUAUCUUCCACUGCUCCCUGAUGGGCUGUUGUCUGGAGGUGGUGUUGUUUUCCUACAGCUCCCAGAGAACCUUCCCAUGGAUCAUCAGCGUCUUCAAACUGGCCCCGUUCUACUUCUUUAAGGUGAUCGAGGUGUUUAUCCGCUCAGAGGAAGGUCUGUCCAGAGACAUGGUGAAACAUUUGAACUCCAUCGAGGAGCAGGUUCUGGAAAGCAGAGCGUGGACUGCGGACUCGGCCCUGUGGAGCGCCCUGCAGGCUGCUGGAAACAAGGUCCCCACAGUGGAGGAGGUGAACUUUUCCUCCAGCCUCGACACAGGUUCUGGUUCAGCUUCUGGAUCCACCAGUGGAAGUCAGUCCCACCUGCCUCUGGUCGCCCUCUCUCCCAUCAUCCACCCACGCAUCAGGGAGUUCAGAUCCGGUCUGGGCAGUGUCCGCAAAGACGUGCCUCCAUCUCCGCUGUCGGUCCACGACAGGUACAGCUCUCCUGCAGCCGGCAGCGCCAAGCGGCGUCUUUUUGGCGACGAUCCCCCGGCCCUGGCUUCAGGGCUGAAUCCCUGCUUGAGCCCGAUGUCGUCUCCGGCUAAAAGGUUAACGUUCAGCUCAAGUGCCACCCUGAAGAUCGGAGGCCAGGUGACACCCACCACUGUCCUCAGUUUCCCACUGCAAGGUGUGAAUAAUGAACGCACCAUUACGCUGAUCCCAGUUCAGCCGUGCGACUCCUCUGGCACCGUCACUGCUCAGUUUCUGCUCACCGCCUCCCCGAGCAGAAUCACAGCCCCUGCACCCACGACCUCUGACUCCCAGACGGGAAGUGGACGACCACGACGCACCGGGUCGCUCGCUCUGUUCUUCAGGAAGGCGUAUCACCUGGCCAGCGUUCGUCUGAGGGAUUUGUGCGCGAGGUUGGACAUCUCCUCUGAGCUGCGUGGGAAAAUCUGGACGUGUUUUGAACACGCUCUGGUUCACUGCACUGACCUGAUGAAGGACCGACACCUCGACCAGCUGCUGCUCUGUAGCGUCUACAUUAUUUCCAAAAUCACCAAAGAGACUCACACCUUCCAGGACAUCAUGAAGUGUUACCGCAGCCAACCACAGGCCAGCAGCCAUGUUUACCGCAGUGUGUUACUGCGACACAGAGAACCCAGAGAGCAGGUGGCUGAUGAGAACAUGGAGGUGGAUCCUGUUUCUGGUGGCGAAUCUGCCGAGAAAACCAAUCCGGUCUCAGGAGAAGCAGACUGCGCCCAAUCAGGCGAGGAGGAACGUGGUGACCUCAUCCAAUUUUACAACGCUGUGUUUGUCCUGAAGAUGAAAAGCUUCGCUCUGCGAUACGCCACCCAUGAUAACCGGGCGGACGCUCCUCCUCUCUCACCGUUCCCGUCGGUUCGGGCUCAGCCGCUCUCUCCUCGUCGAAUCUCUCAGAGACACUCGCUGUAUGUGUCGCCCCACAAGAACUCCGCAGGAUGCCUCACGCCCAACUCCUACACGUACAGGAUCAACAGCAGCCCGUCCAAGGAGUUAUCAGACAUCAACCGGAUGAUCAGACAGGGCUGUGUGAGCAGGAAACGUGCCUUCACCAUGGAGGGGGACGUGAUGAUGUCAUCAGCGGUGUGCGACUCCCCCAGCAAGAGGGCGUGUCCUGAGAACGGCAGCAGCCCGGACGUGCUGCUGAAGCGGCUGCAGGACGUGGUGUCCGAGCGGCAGAGUCGCUGACGGAUUAAACCCCCCCCCAAAAAAAUUACGCAUUACUCACUACUACUUUUCUUAACGGACGCUUGUAAAUCUUUGACCUGUUCGUGUAAAUAUUAUGACCUGUGGGUCAGUCAGUACAUUCAUUCAUUUUGUUUUAUCAGAAGCUAAUUUUAAUUCCUCCUGUGAUGUUGUCACAACCUCCAAACCCUCGGCUUUGACACCAGUGAUAUGACGAUAUCUAAAAUGUGAUAUUUGAGCACCGUCAUGACGAGAAAUACACAAAAGAGAAAAGAACAGUCCCUGAAACAUGUUUGCGUCAGUUUAGUUGAAUUUAAUUCUUGAAAGAUGAACUCGGCAUAAAAUGAAAACACAACCCAAAAACAUUUCAACAUAUUUUCUUACAUACACAACACCGAUGUGUAAACUUAAAGAAAAAAAAAAAACCAAUAUCGAAAGCAGAUAUUUUCAGUUUUACAGAUAAACGAAAAAGUGAUAAUGAAACAUUUUGAUGAAACAUUUUCCAGUUAGAUAAAAACAGAGUCUGAACCAAACUUCACGUGUUUGGUUUCACAUCGUAACUUGGGGACAAAAGGAUGUUGCUCUCUCAACUUCCUGUGAUUGGACCAAAAGUCCAAACUAUCCCCAAAAAAACUUAGGUGCGUUGGUCUGGACCGAGAUCUGACGAACCUUUCACCCCUGAUGUUUAUGUUCAGACUAAACUGAGUCUGAACAUCUGGAUUAAACACGGACGUUUCCUAAAUGUCAAAAAAGGAAAUAAGUGGUUUCAUUUUUAGUCGCAUCAGAAUUUUAACAGCUCAAACAGAUUUGAAAAGUUUGAACUUAAACUAUAAAUUUGAACCUUUAACUCGUGUAAAUAGUUUUACAUCAAGCUUUAUUGUACAUUUUCUAGUCUGAAUAAGUUUUUCCCACAUUAUCUGCUGACGUCUCUACUGUUGGUAGAGAUUUCAAUGCAGAGGAAAUGUUUUUAUUCUUUUACUAGUUUUAUUGUUGAAUCCUUUUAUGGUUAUGAAUUGUUGUGUUAUUCUGUAAUAGGUUGAAUGCUAACAACAGGAGUGCUGGACUGAAGCAGCGUUUUUUAACUGCACUGUGUAGUAUCUACACUUAAAUUUAAUUUAACAUUUUAUUGAAUUCAUUCAUGAAACAGCACUGCUGUUAGAAGUCAGUCUCUGCAACUUCAAACUUUAAAACCUGUGUAGUUCGUACCUGCUCUGCUCGACGCAAAAGUAGAGUUUUAACAAACAUUUAACGGCUCUUUGUAAAAUGUAAAUUGAAAAUUGGGUUUUUGCUCAGAUGGAAGAGAGUUUGUCAUCGGGACACAGAUCUGUGUCCCUCUGGUGUUUUCUUCUGUGUGAAUCUUUUCGAAGACGUUUGUAUUUUCUACAAACUGUUACAUUUUUGUCCAAUAAAACUAUGAGCUCUG